UGCCAGCUUAAAAGUUGAGGAAUCCAUCAAACACCAUAACAGAGAAGAACCAACCAAAGUAGAGAAACAGGAAAACAAAUGGCUUGUUGGUCUGCUGAAAACGCCACCCAAGCUUACCUCCGAACUGUGAAAAUGGGAAAGAGAGCUAAGGAGCCAGAUGUGGCCGAGUUCGUAUCUGCACUGGCCGCCGGAAACAGCUCGCAAGUCAUGGUAGAGGUAUGCGCAGGAGUUGCAGGCGCAACAACCAUAGCACUGGUUGCCGCCGCUCAUCAGACGGGCGGCCAGGUGGUGUGCAUCCUUCCUGGGCUGGAGGAGCUCCAUUUGUCGGAAGAAGCUUUAGGACCCAACGCUGACUGCGUUGAGUUCGUUGCUGGGGACGCCAAAUCCAUCUUGGUGAACAAUUACAUAGGAGCAGAUUUUGUGCUCAUAGAUUGUACUCUGGAGGGCCAUGAAGGUGUCUUCGGAGUGGUGCAGGCGAGUGCAAAGAAGAAGGGUGGGGCGGUGGUCGUGGGCUACAAUGCGUGCAAGGGGUCUGGGUGGAGGAGUGAUGAUGAGUCCAAGACCCAGUUGCUGCCCAUUGGGGAGGGGUUGCUGGUGAGCCGUAUUCCGGCGACUACCAAAAUUAGGGGUGGCGACGGUGGCAGCACCGGCAGAAGGAGUCGAUGGGUUGUCACAGUAGACAAGUGCACAGGUGAAGAGCAUGUGUUUAGAAUCACUUCAGCCCACCGGAACGGGAUUCAAACUUAGAUCUAUCCUCUGCGUCUAUCUCCCCUUCUAGCUACAAUAUAUAGAAGUGGACGAGAGAGAGAGAGAGAGAGAGAGUCUCGACUGUAAAUAUAGUUUAAUUAUGAUAUGCAUAUGGAUUACCUAUAUAAGCCUUGAAAAUUUUGUUAAUUAAGCAAAUAUUUUCUGGGGUGUGAUAUCGAUCGAUCUGUCAUCUGAGAUGGCCACUUUUGCUUUGCCCAGGAGAAUGAAGA